AUGAAAAGAUUAAAGCGUUCACUUAUCGACAUGUAUUCUGAAGUGCUUGACCUUCUCAGUGAAUAUGAUUCUUCGUAUGAUACUGCCGACAAUUUGCCAAGGGUUGUUGUCGUUGGAGAUCAAAGUGCAGGUAAAACCUCUGUCCUUGAGAUGGUUGCUCAAGCUCGUAUUUUCCCGCGUGGAUCUGGUGAAAUGAUGACUCGGGCGCCAGUGAAGGUGACCUUGUCAGAAGGUCCGUACCACGUCGCACAGUUCAAAGACUCGACUCGCGAAUUCGAUCUGUCCAAGGAGGAAGACUUGAGGCAGUUAAGGUCAGAAAUUGAGGUCCGAAUGAGGAAUUCUGUUAAAGAUGGACGCACUGUGUCUCACGAAGUCAUAGCUCUCACUGUGAAAGGUCCAAAUCUUGCGCGAAUGGUACUGGUAGAUCUCCCUGGCGUGAUUUCCACGGUAACUGCGGACAUGGCGAGAGAGACCAAAGACGACAUAAUCAAAAUGAGCCGCUCCCACAUGGAAAACCCGAAUGCGAUUAUUUUAUGCAUUCAGGACGGCUCCGUCGAUGCUGAACGUAGCAAUGUGACUGAUUUAGUUAGUAGUAUCGAUCCUGCUGGCAAGAGAACCAUUCUGGUUUUAACGAAGGUUGAUAUGGCAGAGAAAAAUUUGACCAAUCCUGAUAGAAUAAAGAAAAUUCUGGAGGGAAAGUUGUUCCCUAUGAAAGCACUAGGUUAUUUUGGGGUAGUAACGGGUCGUGGCAACAGCGCAGAUUCUAUAGAGCAGAUACACAAAUACGAGGAAGAGUUCUUUGCUAACAGCCAGCUAUUGAAAGAUGGUGUUCUGAAGCCCUCGCAGAUGACAACGAAGAAUAUGUCAUUUGCGGUCUCAGACUGUUUUUGGAGGAUGGUCCGCGAUUCAAUAGAGAGCCAGGCUGAUGCUUUCCGUGCUACAAGGUUCAAUCUUGAAACGGAAUGGAAGAACACUUUUCCACGUAUACGACAACUUGAUAGAGACGAGCUGUUCGACAAGGCACGCGGUGAAAUCCUUGAUGAGAUUGUGAACCUCUCUCUUGUAAGUGCCGAGGAAUGGGAAAAAGCUUUGGAGAAAAAGCUGUGGGACUGCGUUUCCAGUCAUGUUUUCGAUCAGAUUCUUAUGCCGGCAUGGGUUGUGAAUAAUGCAGGAACUUUUAACACCAUGGUCGAUAUUCGUCUCAAACACUGGGCUGACAAAGAACUUCCGCUUAAAAGUGUGAAUUGUGGAUGGGAGACAUUACGAGAGGUCUUUUGCCGGCAAGUGAAGCAGAAUGGCACGAAUCAAAGUGACCAGGAUCCAAUAUUUGACCCACUUAAGGACGCUGUUAUACAGGAAGCCAUGUCAACCCAUCACUGGGAUAGCAAAGCGAUGGAUUAUUUACGUGUAAUUCAACUAAAUGCUAUGGAGGAUCGCGCGGUGCAAGAUCGGAGGGCGUGGGACUCGGCUUGUCAAUUUAUGAGCAAGGCUGCAUCAAGUAGAUUAGCUGCUGUCAAUCAGCAGUUGAAGGACGCUCGUGGACCAGGUUUCAUAAAUCGUUGGGUGUUUUGGCGCACUCCAUCAGCGGACAACCAUUUCGCCAGCACUAUUCAAGAUGAGCUUGCACCAAUGCUUGCCAAUGAAACAGAGCCCAAACAGUCGUUGUCCGACGAGGAUGUUCUGGUGAUCAAGCGCAAUUUAGAGACAAAAGGAGUUAUAGAAGUACCAACAGAAGCGAUUCGGCGUCAAUGGAAUCUCUUAUACAAGAAACAUUUCUUAGAAAAAAUAAUUCAGAAUAGUCGUGACUGUCUGUCUCUGUAUCAGCAUUAUCGCCAAGGAUUCAAUGAAGGCGAUAUUGAUUGCCAAGCCGUUGUGCUGUUUUACAGAAUCCAGCGAAUGAUCAAACUAACAUGUAAUGCUCUCCGACAGCAAAUAACUAAUGCUGAACAACGUAUGCUUGAAAAGGAAGUGAAGUAUCGUUAUAGUGGAGCCAUAACUGGAGAAAGGUACUAG